AUGCCAAAGAGUAUCAAAGAUCUAGCGCCGAUUCCUGGCUGUUUGAGGAUGCCUGUCAAAAUGACACUUAGAAGAGUUCUAGUGCCAGAUGCUUCUAAUUCUACUGUUCUACGGCUUUUCACUGAUGAAAAAACGACAUGGUACAUUCAAAUCGACGACAUCGCUGUUCAUCUAACUCCAGACAUCAAAAUCUGGCACGGAUGCAUGUCAAAAAGUCAGGAUUGCGACGUCUGGAAGAUCGAACGAAGGGUGGAAAAGACAGAUCAAUUCAAAACGAUGAUCAUUUUUGAAAGCUGCCCGAAAACGAAAAGAUACAAAAUUGAAGAAUUGAUGAAAUUUGUUUAUCAAAGUGGAGCCAUUUUCAGCAACACUGAAACGCGAGAUCUUGGCUACUUAGAUCUACAGGACAAAAAGAAAGCAAUCGAAAUGACGAAAAAUGAGCCCGAUGGAAAUUUUCUAGCGCCGCCGAGAGCUUCGGAAAAAAGCACUAUUUAUCUUGAUAUUCCUUCCAACGAUUAUUAUUACAUUCUCCCACCCAAAGAGAACUGA